AUGACUGCAGAGGCGGUUAAAGUAAUCGUCAGAUGUCGGCCGCAGAAUCAACGCGAGAAGGAGCUUUCCUGCCAGACAAUUGUUUCCAUUGACUCAUCUUGUGGCCAGUGCAGUCUAAUCAAUCCCAAUGAAAAGUCUGCCGCGCCAAAAGUUUUCUGCUUUGAUGGCGCUUACUUUACCGACUCUACAACUGAGCAGAUCUACAAUGAAAUUGUCUUUCCCAUUGUCGAGUCAGUCGUCGAAGGAUACAAUGGCACAGUCUUUGCAUAUGGCCAAACAGGAUGCGGAAAGAGUUUCACAAUGCAAGGAACAAGUGAUCCGGUGCACAGAGGAAUUAUUCCAAGGUCUUUUGAGCACAUCUUUGAAGCGAUCUCAACAACGGAAGACGCCAAGUUUCUUGUCCAAGCAUCGUAUUUGGAAAUUUACAAUGAAGAGAUCCGAGAUCUACUCGGUGCUGACAGCAAGAAAAAGUUGGAUUUAAAGGAGAGUAGUGAAGGCGGUGUGUACGUGUCCAACCUCUCCAUGCACAUUGUCAAUGAUGUGAAAUCCUGUGAAAAGAUUAUGGAGAAUGGCUGGAAAAACCGCUCUGUGGGAGCGACGCUGAUGAACGCCGACUCCUCGCGCAGCCACUCCAUCUUUACCAUUUACAUUGAGCGCAUCCAAACGGUGGAUAUCGAGGCGAACAAUGUCAAAUUCGGAAAGCUCAAUCUGGUUGAUUUGGCGGGCAGUGAACGACAGGGAAAGACGGGCGCUACCGGAGACCGACUGAAGGAGGCGACCAAAAUCAACCUGUCAUUGUCUGCUCUGGGCAAUGUCAUCUCUGCUCUGGUGGACGGAAAGUCCUUGCACAUUCCUUUUCGUGACUCAAAGCUGACCAGGCUGCUGCAGGACAGUCUGGGAGGCAACACAAAGACGCUCAUGGUGGCCUGUCUCUCGCCAGCUGACAACAACUACGACGAAACGCUGAGUACACUGCGUUACGCCAAUCGUGCCAAGAACAUCAAAAAUAAGCCUAAAAUUAAUGAAGAUCCUAAGGAAGCAAUGCUCAGAGAGUACCGAGAAGAGAUUCUUCGCCUGAAAAAUCUUAUUGAUGGAAAUGUGCUGCCUGCAGUAGAUGACACUGCCGCAAUUGAAAAGAUGAAGCAAGAAUACGAUGAAAGAAUGCAGAAUCUGCUGAAAAAAUACGAAGAUGAGGUGAAACACAAGGAAAAACUAGCAGAGGACAUCAACAAACUCAAAUCCAUUUAUGAAAACGGCAAAGAACCUGUGCCAUUCACGACGACUGAAGAGGGAGGGGAGGCGGUGUUGCAGGCAGUGGAAAAACUGCAUGCCAUUGAGGAGCAAAUGGUCGGAGGGGAGAAGGCCAAUGAUGCCGAACUGAAGGAGAAACGAGCGAGAAAGAAGAAGAUUGCUGAAAGCAGGAAAAAUGCAAUGUCUGAAGCGCUCUCCCAGCUCAAUGACGAUGACCGACUGCUGCUCAAAGCGUACGGUGACAUCACCGAGGAGCUACGAGCCAAGUCACUGCUGCUGAAGAAAGCUAAAAGAAAGCUUCAGUCACUGGAGCAGGAAGUGCGAGAUCUGCAGUCGGAAUUUGAAAGCGAACGCACCGACUACCUGGAGACGAUUCGACGACAGGAACAACAACAGCAGCUGCUGACGCAGAUUCUCGAAAAGAUUCAGCCGUUCUUGCGGAGUGAGUGCAACUACGCCAACAUUGAGAUGAUCAAAGCAAAGGCGACCUGGGACGAGAACAACGGCCAGUGGAUCAUACCAGAGAUUUGUAUGGGCACUCGAGUCAAACUGCCACCAGCAGGUGGAGGCGGCAACGUUGGCAAUGGCCAACACCAGCACCAGAAUGGGACAAGGGACAUUGCACCUUCACGCUUUUACAAACCAGACUCACCGACGAGCUACUUUGACUCUGACAUCAUCGACUCCCACCACACUGAGAUGAACGGGUACGAAGACCGACUGUUGCGGAAGCUGGAGAACUCGGAGAACGAGGAGAUAGUGACCAAGUACUUUCUGCCAAAGAGACGUGAGCAAUUGUUGAGCAAUCUGCACAAGCUAAAGCUAAGUGUGCCAGCAAUUGACCAGCAGCAGGUGUUUCACAGUGCGGACGGCUUCACCAUCGAUGCUCGCAACACAGCCAACCUGAUCAACAAUCUGUCGACGAAAAUCAGCGAAAGGACGAAUCGAUUUAAUGACCACUUCAACAGUAACAUCAAAAGUAAGGUCAACCAUCACUUUAUGCAGCCACCAGGCGCCGUCGUCUCACCUUCUGUCGUUGGACCACUGACCACGCAGAGCGCAGAAACGCCACGCAAGCUGUUGCCUCUAAAGCGAAUUUGA